GAGAGAGAAAAAAUGCUUUGACAAGUCUUCUUGUUCAGUCCGAUUCUUUGAGUUUCUCCGUGACGGAAAGAGGUAUUCGUAAUUUAGGAAAGUAUAUAAGUGAUAUGAUUCGAUAUUGAAGUAAUAAAUAAGCAAAAGAAGAUUCAUGACUAAGAAACUGAAAAGUGUAUUAUCCAAAAAGAUGGUUACGAUAUCAUGGAGAAAUUUCCAUUAAAAGGUACAAUAUUGUCAAAUAAUACAAUUCCACAGAAUCAUCAACAUAAUUUAACUACAUAUCAGUCAGUCAACGCAAAGGGAGAAAAUUCAGAUGAUGUAUACUUUGUAGAGGAUGUACGAUCACGAAAACGAAUUAUUGGUCGUGAUAAUAACUUGAGUAGUGACGACGACAUGCUGGAGGUUAAUAAUAUAGGUACACAUCAAGGAGAGAAUACUGUUCUUUCCGAACAUUGUAUUCGUAUUGACGAUGCUUCCUCUCAUAUUUCAGUUGAUUCCGAUGAUAUACCUGGUAUUGGACAGUACGAUGAUUUUCACACAAUCGACUGGCAGCGGGAUAUUGCCCGGGAUAGAAUGCGUCAUCGAUAUAUCGUGAAGAAGAAACAUGAUUCUAUUUGGGGUUUGAUUAAGGGGGCCCAUGAUGCAUGGUCUGGAUGGUUGUGUGUUUUAUUAGUUGGUCUCUGUACAGGAGUGGCAGCAGGUAUCAUAGAUAUAGGGGCUUCCUGGAUGACUGAUUUAAAGUUUGGCAUAUGUCCACAAGCAUUUUGGUUAGAUAAAGAACAAUGUUGUUGGAGUUAUAACGAAACAACUUUUGAUGGUGGUAAUUGUCCUCAGUGGUGGACAUGGCCAGAAGUAUUUAACCAGUCUAAGGAUGGCGCAGGACCUUAUAUGAUUUCUUACAUGUUUUACAUAGCUUGGGCUCUUUUAUUCGCCUCCCUUUCAGCUUCGUUAGUAAGAAUGUUUGCCCCAUAUGCAUGUGGCUCUGGUAUUCCUGAGAUAAAGACUAUUCUAAGUGGAUUCAUUAUUCGUGGAUAUUUGGGAAAGUGGACGCUAAUAAUUAAAUCAGUAGGUUUAAUUCUAUCAGUCUCGGCAGGAUUAAAUUUGGGCAAGGAAGGACCAAUGGUUCAUAUAGCUUGCUGCAUAGGAAAUAUAUUUUCGUAUCUUUUCCCAAAAUACGGUAGAAACGAGGCAAAGAAAAGAGAGAUUUUGUCAGCAGCGGCUGCCGCAGGAGUUUCAGUUGCUUUUGGCGCUCCUAUUGGAGGUGUUCUUUUUAGUUUGGAAGAGGUGAGCUACUAUUUUCCUUUGAAAACAUUGUGGCGAUCGUUCUUUUGCGCCUUGAUAGCCGCAUUUAUUCUACGAUCAAUAAAUCCAUUUGGCAACGAACAUUCGGUGCUCUUUUACGUCGAAUACAAUAAACCUUGGAUAUUUUUUGAAUUAAUACCCUUCGUUAUGCUUGGAAUUAUUGGUGGAGUGAUAGCUACCUUAUUUAUAAAAGCAAAUCUGUUUUGGUGUCGAUAUCGUAAAACUUCAAAAUUGGGUCAGUAUCCAGUUACCGAAGUUUUAAUAGUGACAGUUGCAACUGCCGUUAUUGGUUACCCAAAUCCGUAUACGCGAAUGAGUACAAGUCAACUAAUUUAUUUAUUAUUUAGUCAAUGCGGAGUAUCAAACGCCGACAUUUUAUGUGAUUAUAAUAGAAAUUUUACUGCUGCGCAAUCGGCAAUUGAGAUAGCAGCAGCUGGUCCUGGAGUCUACAAGGCGAUAUGGCUUCUCGUAUUGGCGCUGAUUCUGAAACUCGUCAUGACAAUAUUCACAUUUGGUAUGAAAGUACCUUGCGGAUUAUUUAUCCCGUCGCUUUGUUUGGGAGCGAUAAUGGGUCGUAUCGUCGGCAUUGGAAUGGAACAACUUGCGUAUAAUUAUCCACAUAUUUGGAUGUUCAGCGAAGAAUGUUCAACCGGUGUCGAUUGUAUAACUCCUGGAUUAUAUGCAAUGGUUGGUGCUGCGGCUGUUCUUGGUGGUGUUACUAGAAUGACUGUUUCUCUCGUCGUGAUAAUGUUUGAGUUAACCGGAGGUGUACGAUACAUUGUGCCUUUAAUGGCAGCCGCUAUGGCAAGUAAAUGGGUGGGCGAUGCUCUUGGAAAGCAAGGUAUUUACGAUGCUCACAUUGGUUUGAACGGGUAUCCGUUUCUUGACAGCAAAGACGAGUUUCAGCAUACGACUCUUGCGGCCGACGUCAUGCAACCCAAACGUAACGAGGCACUUCACGUGCUUACUCAAGACUCAAUGACGGUCGAAGAUGUCGAAAAUUUGUUGAAGGAAACAGAGCAUAAUGGUUUCCCCGUGAUAGUCUCCAAGGAAUCACAGUAUCUUGUUGGUUUUGUUUUACGAAGAGAUCUAAAUCUUGCAAUCGCAAAUGCCAAACGUAUGACGGACGAGAUAACUGGACAAUCAUUAGUUAUAUUCACGAACGGAAAUAAUAUUCAAAGUCAUUCUCCCCCGCCACUUAAGUUGAAGAAAAUUCUUGACAUGGCACCGAUAACAAUAACGGAUCAAACGCCUAUGGAAACCGUUGUUGAUAUGUUUAGAAAGCUAGGUUUAAGACAGACACUUGUUACACAUAACGGCCGGCUGCUAGGAGUUAUCACGAAGAAGGACGUAUUAAGACACGUGAAACAACUUGACAACGAAGAUCCUAAUUCUGUAUUGUUUAAUUGAAAUGUAUAUAAAGAGAGUAUAUAUGAGAAAUAAGAUAUUUUAUAAUAUGCAGUAUCAAUCGAUGAAUUAGUUAUAAUAUGUUAAUAAUAUGGUUUUUGAUAUGUUCAUUUAAACUAUCAAAAAUUUAUUUUAAAUAACGAAUAGAAUGAUGAAAUAAAUGAAUGAAGCAUUUUUAACUUCAGUAUAUUACAUGAAUUUCUGUAUAUUUCAUUGCUUCAAAUUGAUAUUAUAUAUUAUAUGUUCAAGAGAAAUAUUUUAUAUAAAACAAAAUGUCACUCGAAUAAUUUUCAGUUUUCUAUAAUUUCAAACACAUUCAACUAUCACUGCUAUUCAAUGUGACUUUUGUAAAAUACCGGAUCUUACUAAAUUAGUAUACAAGAUACCACGUAAUAUAUACUUUACUGUAUAGAUGAAGAACGAACCAAAAUUCUUAUACACACGUAUAAGACUACACAUGCAUAUGUAUAAAACGUAUUACAUAAACAUCACGUAGUACAUUAUGUUAGAUAUGGCUGAAAUUGCUUUGCAACAACGCCGAUGAUUGAAAGUUUUUAAAAUUUUUAAACUGUUUCGUCUCUGAACAAUUGAGAUUAUGUUAAUUUUAUUUUUUUUUUAACGAUAGUAUGUAUUUAAAUAUUCAGUACACUAUAUCUGCAACUGUAAGCAUGUUAAACGUUAUUGUAAUUUAUACAUUUCCGAUCAAAAAUAACAAUUAUUUUCUUUAGAGUAAAGAGAUAAGUGAGAAAAUGAUAGAAAAAUUUAUUACGGUCCCAUUAACACAUUUUUGUUGGUAAAGCUGAUAUAUGAACUUAUGAGUAAUUAAGUAUAUACGUAGAUUUUGUCUUUAUAAGUAGGGUAAACUAUACAAUGAUUGGCACCUUAAAUUUCAUUUUAAAGGGUCAGAUUCAUUUGGCGAAUUUGUACAUUAAACAAGCGUGAAAAUUGAUUCAUAAAGAUAGUAGAAUAAAAUAAGGUAGUUAUUUAAAUUAAUGAUAUUUAAUUAUGGAAAUAUUCUAAAAACGAUAGAAAAUUAUGGUAAAAUAUAAUUAUUGACACACUUGGUACUGAUUAAAAUUGUGUGUACCAAUAACUGAUACAUAUUAAUUUUGUAUUAAUUUAAUGGAGUAUGAAAUCUUAUACAAAUGUCUGAAUUAUGACCCAUUGCACUUUUCUAGAUUUUGGCAAUUGACAAGCAUGAAUUUAUAAGCAUAUGACAUUAAAGAAUAAAUACAUAUGCGAAAAAAAUGGUGUUCAACAUGUAAUUCUUAUGAAUCCUUAUGCUAAUGCAGUGCCAAAAUUAGUACAGCUUACCCUAUAUGCCAAAAGUUUAUAUUUAUGAUAGAUAAUGUUGAUUCCCAAUAUACAUAUGUAUAUACAGUAUACAAAGAAAUACAUACAUGUACGAAGCUUGCAAGCUUGAGAUUACACACCUAUUUCAUAACGUGUAUGAAUGUUAAAAUAAAUGUUAUGUAUAUUGAAAUCUUAUAAAAGAGCAAUAAUACUAAA